AAUGUUGCUGAUGUUGGUUUAUUUUGUGCUGAGAAAUCAAAACAACACCGUUUAGUUUGUUCUGAAAUUCAAGACCCCUAACUGUACGACUUUACAAAGUGAUUUUGUUGCACUUUGCCUCUUUGAAAAGAAAAAAAAUAGUAUAGCCGAGAUUGUCACUAGACCGAACGAGGAUAAGAAAGAGAAAGAGAACAAAGGAUGGAAAGAAGAAGAAGAAGAAGAGAGAGAGAUAGAGGAAAAAAUACUUUUCGCUCCCAAGCCGGUAUUGGUAUGAAUUUGCAUUUGAAACAACGUUGUGAUGAAGAACAGAGAAGGGAAAAAAUAUUAGCAAUGUGCACCAAUCGAUACAGUUAUCGAGAAACACAACUGCUCAUCUCUUCUCUCUUUUACUACGUGCCAUAAAAAAAUUACGACGCAUAUACGUUUGGCGGCAAACGAAUUGCUUAUGAUUUUGACACUUGUCGUUUCUGUUUGAAACCAAACAUUCAAAGGUCACUUUUGCUCGUUUUUUUCUUUUGCAAACGACUACCUCUUAUUUUAUUGGGACUUUCUUUUUUUAGCAUCAUCAUUUAAGAAGAGGUAAAGAGAAAACUCAGACAAAAAUGAGCUUAACCUCCCAAAAAUUCAUUAGGGGAAAACAACCAUUCCGAAUAAGUCUUGCUAAUGAUUUUCUGUGAACUGAAUAUUCUACGUCUGAAAUGUUCUUAUCUUUUCAAAAAGCAUGUCUUUAUAUUCUCAAGUGAAUAGAGUGUUUGAUUUGAACGCUUUGUAUGUGUCACUCGCCUGAAUCAACAUGGACAAGUUACAAUGUAUUCUCCGAAGCAAUAAAUUUUCGACACUCAGCGCCCAAUUUUUCAGUCUUGUUUUCUGAUUUCAUAACAAAUCAACUACCAAAAGGAAGAAAUAUCAGAAGAAUUUGAAGGAAACAAGUGAAUUUCGUCAUAUGACGAUAAGUAGCCGGUUGACAGUACAAAUCGAUAUCAUCAUGUUCGCUAUGUUCUAUUUAUGGUUGACAACCAACCAUUGGACGUACAGAACCGGCAACAUGGAUUGAUACUACAAUUUUUUUUAUCAUAUACACUAUGAAUUCCGACAGAAUUAAACCAUUUCAUUCGCAAUAUUGUGUAAUUGAACAAUAGUAUCAAAACUGGGAGAAAUGGAAUUUUGGGCGAGUAUAAAAGCUGGAUUGAAAUGUGCGCUGUCUUCAGACGGUGGAUUGACUCUCGAAUGGAUAAAAGUCGCGAUGCUUAAGGUGUGUGUUGAAAAUUAGACAGUAUAUGAUCGAUACCAUAGAAUUGCUGUUUUAGCCACAAUGUUCUACGCAAGAUAUUGGAUUGUAGCAGUGCUAGUGUGCAUAGUUUUUGUGUCAGAUUUGGAUGCAAAACGUAUGUCACUCGAGGAGGAUCUAACGGUUUUGAUCGACUAUGAACGGUACCAAGAUCACGUUCAAUCUCAACGAGUUCAAAGGGAAGUGGCCAUAUCAAAUGAUACCCAGUCAUUUAAUCCAAAAUCAUCAUUUCCAGUGCCAUAUCCGUUCCAAAAGUCAGAGCAAAAGCGCGUAAAAAAUUCACAUUACCAUUCGAAUGAAUGUGACGACGACGAUGAUGAGUGUGAAAUCAAAGUCUGUGAUGAUCCAGUAAACGAAGUGUACCAAAAGUGUGGCGGUAAAUGUGUGCUUGGCUGUCGAUAUGCCGCAACGUCAUCGGGCGUUAGUAUUACAAUUUCAAAGCAUGAUUGUGAAAAAAAUGACUGUGUCGAAGGUUGUUUCUGUAAAACGGGCCUAGUGAGACAUCAAACCAAGUGUAUUGCCGUAUCAGAAUGUCCGGUACGAAAGUGUAAUCAUCGUUAUGAAGUUUAUAUGUGUGGACCAGCAGCACCAAUAACGUGUGAUAAUGCCUUACGUGAAGUUGAAAUUGUCCAUCUUACGAAACAUGUAGAAUGUGUUUGGGGCUGUUUCUGCGCAAAGGGAUACCUGAGAAAUAAUUACAAUGGCAAAUGUGUGCCCGAACAAGAGUGUCGCAACACUAAAUCAGUCGAUAUUUCACCACAAAUCCCUGGUUUAUUCAAACAUCUCACGGGCUGUGGCUCAAAGGGCUGCGGGACGAAUAAUCAUCAUGAAUCUGGUUGUGGCCAUAAGGGAUGCGGAUCAAAUCAUGUUCACGAGACUGGCUGUGGAUCGAAAGGAUGCAACAAUGAAGGUGGGCAUCAUCAACACACGGGAGCUGGAGAUUCCGAUUCUGAUUCUGAUUCAGUAGAAUAUGAUAACGGUCAUUUGGACAAUGGUCAUGAAUGGGCAGGUUUUCAAGGCCCAGUAAUUCAUGUUCAUAAAUGGAAUGAUACGGGCAAAUUACAACUUUCCGGUGCAACCAUAAAUGGAACGUGUAUUGGAACUAAUGCCUGCUCAGGAGAAUUUUCUGGACUUAAUAAUCACGCACCGGGAUCAGUUAGUUCGGGCACACCGUUGACAACAGUACCACUCGCAAACGGAACGACGAUUACAACGCCGGUCGAGACUGGUGGUACAAUUGAUAUUGAAUCUGGAACGAUCAACACAGGAACAACAUUGGGCGAUGAAUACGAUGAAAUGGAGAGUGAAGAAGCCGUUGAAACUGACGCGCCACAAGUUAAUGUACCGAUGAAAACACCAAUGGCAAAUAGGACAGAAAUUCCAAGCGGCAUAACACCACCAAAAGGUGUCGAGAAUAAAAAACCACAGUUGCUAGUACAGGCACCAGUUCAAACUGCUGUAUAUAUGGCCAAUAAUAAGCCUCAAGUGCCUUUGCAAAUACCAAUAGCAGUGACAUCGCCAGUAAAACCUAUAAAUGGAAAUCUACAGGGAAAUCAAAAACCAAACUCAAUGAAUGAAAACGAAGCUCAACCAACGUACACACCUCCAGCCAAUGGCAAUAAUAUCGGUCAGCGGCCACAAUUUUCAUUUUCUCCAUACGUUCCGAAUAAUAACUUUGCAAAUCAACAAACUCCAAACAAUGGCAUCCAUACUCCGUUCAUAAUAAACCCAUUCGUUCCGUUCAACAAGUAUCCAGCCAAUCCAAAUUUCGGUUUUAAUCCAAAUACUGCUACGAAUAGUGCUCCAAAUACCACUCCAAAUGCAGUCCAACAUACGGCCCCAAAUACUGCUCCGAAUGUGCGACCAUUCGCUGCACCAUUUUUCGGUACGGCCCAGCCCCAAUUUGUGCCACAAAACUUCUAUAAUAGGCCGAUCGUUACUGCGCACACCCAAAAAGGAAAUGUACCGAAUAAAGGCAACAGUGAAGCUGAAGACAGUUCAAGCGAAGAAACAGAAGACGAUGAUGAUGAUGAAUCGAAAUCCGAAGAAUAUGAAUCAAAUUCAUCAGAAGAGUCACACCAACAAAAACCGCAGACAAUUCCUCCAAAGAAAAAGGAAAAUGUGCCCGCAAACACUGGUGCUUCAGGGAACAAGGUGCCACCACAUUAUCAAGCAUAUUUCGACUUUUUGAAUCAAUUCGCAAUGAACCAAGGGAAUCCGAGUCAAGGGAAUCCGAGUCAAGUGAAUCCAAACCGCAUGAAUCCAAAUCAGUUCAUACCAAGCCAAGCAAGCCAUGGUGUGAAUCCCAGUCAACCUAAUCCGAAUCAAUUCCUAUCUCAAUUCCAUCAGAACCAAUUCAAUCCAAAUCAAUUGAAUUUGCAACCCAUCUCGAAUCAGUACUACCCAAACAACUUCAAUGCACCAAACACAAAUGGUUUCCCGCAUCAGUCGCCUCAGUUCACGGUACCAAAUCCACAAUUCACUCAAUUCACUCAAUACAAUCAAUACAACCCGUACAAUAACCCAUUCAGCACUGAAAGCGUGAACGCUUUUCUCAAUCAGGCCAAUGCCAACAUCGGUAACUUUUUUAAACCAGGCAAUCCCAAUCCACCACCAAAUCGACAAAUCAUAAAUAAACCGAGUCGAAAGCACCAAACUGAGCCAACGACCAAUCAAUAUUAUACAUACAAUAGAAAGCAUCGACCAAAUACCGAUAAAAAGGAAGCUGAAGUGACAGCGAGACCACAAAAUAAACCGCAAAACAGCCCCUUCAAUCAGAAACCAAACGUUUCAUAUGAAAAUAAUAAAAAGAGCGAAGAAGUACCAUAUUGAAGAUUAGAAUAAUUUGAAUUCGGAUGAAAGAAAUGCUUUCAGAGAUAAUAUUUAUGAGUUUAUUGAACGAAAUUAUUUAUUAUUUUGGCAUUGUGCUUGAAAAAAACUGUUAGAAAUAGAAUGAAAUGAAAUAAACACAAGGAAAAAAUAA